AUGCAAAUUAUCAAGGGCUUCAAGAGAGGCGAGCCAACAUUUCUUGCCACUCUGAUUGAAGACGUCGAAAGCUGCACAGAGGCAGUUCAAUUGCCGCCUUGCAUCGAACAAGUCCUUAGAAAUAACAAGGACGUGAUGCCAACAGAACUUCCCCAAUGGCUGCCACCCCGAAGGGAAGUUGAUCACCAAAUUGAGCUGGUUCCAGGGGCAAAGCCGCCUGCCAUGAUGUCUUAUCAUAUUGCGCCCCCGGAACUGGAGGAGUUAAGGAAGCAGCUCAAGGAGUUGCUGGAUGCUAGACACAUCAGGACGUCCAAGGCGCCGUUUGGUGCACCUGUUUUAUUCCAAAAGAAGAAGGACGGGACGCUGCGGUUAUGCAUUGACUACCGGGCCCUCAAUAAGGUCACGGUGAAGAACAAGUACCCCGUUCCUUUGAUUGUGGAUUUAUUUGAUAGAUUGGGACAGGCAAAGGUGUUCACCAAGAUGGACUUGAGAAAGGGUAAUCACCAAGUUGGGAUUGCAGAAGGUGAUAAACCACAGACUUCUUGCGUAACGCGCUAUGGUGCCUUCGAUUGGCUGCAACAACAUGGAAGACCAUGUAGAGCACUUGUGCAAAGUGUUCAAGAUCUUGCACGACAACGAGCUCCUGUUUUGUCCUUGCCAGACUUCUCUAAGGCAUUCGAAGUCCACACUGAUGCAUCGGACUUCGCUAUCGGUGGCGUCCUAAUGCAAGAGGGCCACCCGAUAGCCUUUGAGAGCAGAAAGUUGAACGAAGCGAAGCGGCGGUAUUUAACGCAUGAGAAGAAGAUGAAAGUCGUGGUUCACUGCUUGAGAACGUGGCGCCAUUACUUGCUGGGAGCUCACUUUGUCGUCAAGAUGUACAACGUUGCGACGACAUAUUUCCAAUCCCAAAAGAAGCUGUCCGCCAAGCAAGCCCGAUGCUCACUUGUUGAUGACAUAAAGGAGGGAUUACAGCAUGAUCCCAUAGCCAGAAAACUCUUCGCCUUGGCCCAGCAAGGCAAGACGAAGAAGUUUUGGGAGGAAGGUGUCCUGCUCUAUACAACGGGCAGGCGUUUGUACGUUCCGAAGUGGGCUAACUUUCGGCGUACCUUUAUUAAAGAAGGCCACGACUCUGCUUGGGCUGGUCACCCGGGGCAGAAGAGAACCUUGGCCUUAAUUAAAGCUUCCUACUAUUUGCCUCGGAUGUGGGAUGACGUCGAGGCAUAUGUCCGAACUUGCCUCAUUUGUCAAUAA